AUGAGCAACCGCAGCGACGGCAACGUUCACGCGCUCGAACAUCGCGAGGCCAAACCAUCUCAAGGAGACCCCGCACGGCCUGUGUCGGAGCUCUUCCGUCUAGACAACCGGACCGUCAUAAUCACCGGUGCGACGGGAUUCCUAGGAACAACGCUUGCAAUCGCCAUUUGCGAAAGCGGCGCCGAUGUGGUUUGUCUCGAUCUCGCCCAAACACCAACGGCUACAAACUGGGGUGAAGUCGAAGCCGCUGCAAAGAAAUACGAGCGUCAGCUCUCGUAUUACCCUCUCGAUGUCACCGACGAAGAUGCAGUCGCAGCAACGUUCGCAAAGUUCAUUCCCACACUGAGAUACCCUUUGAAGGGCCUUGUCACCUGCGCAGGUCUAUCUCGCAACGGACCGUCGACCGAGUUCCCAGCCUCUUCCUUCCGCCGGGUCCUCGAUAUCAAUGUCACUGGUACUUUCCUUAUCGCACAGGCAACUGCCAGGGAGUUGAGCAAGGCAAACACAACCGGAAGCAUGGUCUUUGUGGCCAGCAUGAGUGGGUACGUCUCCAACAAGGGCGUAGAUACUGCUGGAUACAAUGCCUCGAAGGCUGCCGUGCACCAAUUGACACGCUCCUUGGCUGCUGAGUGGGGAUCUCGAGUUGGGAUGCCGCUCAUACGAGUCAAUUCUCUUUCUCCUGGUUAUAUCCGGACUGCGGCGACUGCGGAGGCACUGCAAAAGCCGGGUAUGGAGAGCCAGUGGGUUGGCGAUAACAUGCUGUUCCGCCUGAGCACGGUCGACGAGUUCCGUGGCCCGGUACUGUUGAUGCUGGGAGAUGGUAGCAGCUUUAUGACGGGCGCUGAUUUGCGCGUGGACGGUGGACACUGCUCUUGGUAG